AAGCGCGCGUGGGUUAGGUCUCGAGAGAGAGUGAGAGGAAAUGAAAGAGAGUAGGAAGUGACGUAAGCAAGCACUGUCCUCCUUGGGUGGAGUCAAGUUUGAUAGUAUAAAUAAAAGUCCUCUUGCUACCUCCUCCUCCGAUGCAAGUUCAAAACGACGUCGUCGUCCCGGUUCCCCUCCAUCUUAGCACCAUGUCUUGUCCUUCCUUGUCCAUGGAGCUGGACGAAUCCACCGAAUCCCGAAUCCAGCGCCUAAUCACAGAGCACCCAGUCAUCAUCUUCACCCGCUCCUCCUGUUGCAUGUGCCACGUCAUGAAGAAUCUCCUCGCCACCAUCGGCGUCAACCCCACCGUCAUCAACCUCGACGACGAUGAGAUCGACGCCCUCCCUUCCCCCUCCGCCCCCGCUGCCUUCAUCGGCGGCACCUUCAUAGGCGGCCUGGAGUCCCUGGUUGCACUCCACGUCAGCGGCCUCCUCGUCCCCAAGCUCGUCCAAGUCGGUGCUCUAUCUCUGGCGUGAGUGUGGUAUUGGUCUUCGUCGUGUUGAUCGCCUAUGAUUUGGUUUUUAGGGUGGGAUUGAUCAGGUCCGUAGGUUGGGUCCCAUUGCCAAUUAUGAAGCAAUCAAGGCCGUAGGAUACCACAGUAACUUUCUUGCUUUGCUUUGGGAAUCGCUAAGCUUAUCUCUUUCUUCUCUUAUUCUCUAAAUUUUACUACUACUAAUAAUAUAUAUAAUCCAUGGAUGUAUUUGUGUUUA